AACAUUAUUGAGCAAAUUCCUGUAAUAAUGUACCAAAACAGUCUCUCAAUUUGUCCCAGGAACCUAAAGCACAGUGUGUCAGUACCGGGGGUACAGGAUUGCCAGAUCAACUCAAGUGUGGAGGCAUGUAGUACUAGUUCUUACCAGGCUCCAAUCGUAGACCAAACUGUAGGAAGUUCUACUGACAGUCAACCAGAAGAUGAGCUCAAUUUAUUUCUUUGGAAAUUGCGGGCUAAUCAAGUUCAACAUAUCCUUUCAGUGCCUCACGGAGAAGAUUGCCCACUUUAUUCUUAUUCCAGAUGCAAGAAGGCAGGCAUUGAUUUCAAUGUAGGAUCUGGAGUAAAGCAAAAUCUUGAUCCAAAAUUACUGACCAAUGGCAUCAUGGUUGAACUUGACACUUUUGCCACAGCACUGCAGUCAGCCCAAAAGGAAUUCAUCACAGACAUACUGGAGUACAAUUUUGAACUCAAUUUGAAAAAUGAGCUGUGUCGUAGUGUCUUUGCAUUCCAGAUUUUCAAAAAAUGCAAACAUGCAGCAAGCAAAAGAAAAGACAGGCUGUUGAACCUGCCUUUUGAACUCCCUGACUUAGGAUGCAUAGAAGAAUCUACUUACCCCAAAAGUAAAUAUUGCCCCAAAUGUUAUCGAGUUAGAAACUCUAAGCUUUGUAUGGACGAGUCUGAUCCUGUUCAUGUGCUUCACACUCAUCCACAUGCCAAGUCUGACACAGUCUCUGCUGAAGCAAACUGCACAGCUCAGAAGCCUGCAACUGAUCCAACUUCUACCUCUCUAGCAACAGAGAAAAAAAUAAUGAACCGUUGCCGUCGCUGCAAGAAAAUAGGUUUAAGUCUAAGUGUGGACAAAAACCAACCAAAAGAGAAACUCGGCACAGAGUUUCUGACACGUGGGAUUAUAAAAGAAUUGUUUUGUCUUGCUAAGAUAGUAUGUGGAAGAAAAUUGAAGAUCAUUAAUGAUGUAGUUGAACACAACUUCAGCUUGGGCAUGCAGAGCCAGGACAAUGUGAACACAAGUGAACUGUUCAUGAGAGUUGUGAAUCCACGACAUCAAGAGCCCAGCUGGUUUGAUGAAGUUUUUGUAGUUCAGCCAUGUUCUCACAAAAAUCCUGGAGAUGCAAAUAAACUCAAAAAGAUAUCUGCCAUGCAGAGAAGUGAAAGGAAGGAAACGGCAAGUAAACUAAAAAAGAUAACUGCCAUGCAGAAAAGUGAAAGGAAGGGAUCAGCCAAACAAAGACAGUUAGCACUCCAAACAAAGAAGGAAAGCACCUCAUUGCCAAGUAAUAAGGUGAGUGCUGUAAAACCAAAGAAAAAGAAAAAGAAUUCAUUUCCUCUUUGUGAGGAGAUAGGUUUGGACCUAGAUGUGACAUGCAAAUCCAGAGACAAAGAAAAGUUGGACUUGAAACUGUUGACUAGAGCUGUUAUGAUGGAGAUAUAUACAUUUUCAACUAAGCCAUUAACACCAUAUUUUCCAGGCACAUUGUAUGACAUUCUUGACUAUAACUUUGAUCUUAGCUCACAACAUGACAGACACAGGGAAUUUGCUUUAGAAAUUGCAAGCAAAGUCAAAGACAUGGCCAAACACUACCGGAAAUAUCUACACAAAGCAGAUGAGGUUUUCGAACUACCGUUUGUGUUUAAACUCAAGUCAGCAGAAGGAUUAGUACCAAAGAGCCCAUCCAUCCAUCUAUUAUCUACGUUGCUUAUCCAGAAGAGGGUAGUACCAAAGAGUCAAAAUAAGGAAAGAUCCCAGUCUUUCCUGGAAGAACCAGUCAAGACAACAAAUGAAAGUCAAUUUGCACGACCAGUCAUUAAAAGCGAACCUUGGGGUGAUGACAAGGAACAUGGGUUCCUAAUAGAACAGGAUGGUCAUUACAAUCUUCAGGGAAAAAUACAAACUAUGAAAGAGGAAUACAAUCCUUAUUAUGGUAAUAUGGAACCAGAACUGGACUAUGAGGAAAAAUAUUAUCCACACUGUGAAAAUGCCAAACCAGAGACAAAAAUACAGACUAUGAAAGAGGAAUACAAUCCUUAUUAUGGUAAUAUGGAACCAGAACUGGACUAUGAGGAAAAAUAUUAUCCACACUGUGAAAAUGCCAAACCAGAGACAAAAAUACAGACUAUGAAAGAGGAAUACAAUCCUUAUUACUGUAAUAUGGAACCAGAACUGGACUAUGAGGAAAAAUAUUAUCCACACUGUGAAAAUGCCAAACCAGAGACAAAAAUACAGACCAUGAAAGAGGAAUACAAUCCUUAUUAUGGUAAUAUGGAACCAGAACUGGACUAUGAGGAAAAAUUUCAUCCACACUGUGAAAAUGCCAAACUGGAGACAAACAUUAAGCAUGUCGAGUAUUUAGUCCCAGGUGAACCUGCUGGACCCCUUGGACAUAUGACCACAUGUCAAACCUCUGAAAACAAUUUAAAAAGAGAAUCAGAAACUAGGGAUGGCCAUUAUUAUAUUCUGGCAGAACCACAAGCAUCUGUCGGAUAUGAUACUGUAUGUCCACACACCUGGAGUAGCAUGCCAACAGAACUGGAUGCAGAACGUGUCGAGCAUGUAGUCCCAGCUGAAACAGCAGGAUCACAGGAAUUCUCCAUGAUAACUGUAUCUUGGAACACUGAAGGGGCACAAAUCAAAGAAGAGCAAGAAUAUGUUCCAGAUGAGUCAUACACUUAUUAAACUAUUUUGAAGACAGAAAGUGAAGCAGGCAUCUACCAGGAUCUUAAUCAGUGGUUCUCAUAAGAGACAGGUGUUCUAGCUUCAAUGGCAGUUCUUUGUUGUGAAAACUUUUUUUUAUGUAAUUCUUAAGACAAUUCAAAGCUACAAGAACACAUGCUUUGUUUCUUAAGAUGAUUGUUAAACUGACUCAGAAAAUGGAGGUAUGGAAUUUCUAUAUGGUUUCAAAGCUAACUGUAAAGGUUUGUCUGGCAAUGUUGAAAAUAGCUGAAGCUUAAUUCAGUUUUUCUUCUAUGUUUAGAUGUUGGAACUGUUAUUUGUAAUAAGUUCAUAGGGAUUUGUAUUUGGAUCUCGUGGCACAGAACUUCAUUUUGAUGAUGAUUAUUUUGUGUCAGAGUACUAUAUUUUAUGAACGAUUCUGGUUUGCUUUUAAAGGUUCAGUGAUUUGUUCCUUUUUUCAUUGGUGCCUUUUGUGAUCUUAUCCAUAGUCAUGUAUUUGUUAUGUUGAUUUUAUUUUAUUUUUUUAAGUAACAAGUGUUACUGACAAUGAAAAGAUCUUGUAAAUUCAAAGCAAGUAUUGUCAUUUUUCUAAUGUGAUGUAGGUAACAAUGAGCAUUUCAGUGCUUGAAAUAAUGUGCACAAUGUAAAUAUACAAUACACUUCAGAACGGAAAAUGACCUGGAACUUAAUGGGCUACUGUUUCUUGCUCUCUUCUGCAUGUUAUAUAAACUUUU